GGGCUAAAGCGCCAGCCGCGGGGUAGGAGCCGUAGUCUGAUGCACAAGGACAAUACUCACAGCGGUUGAUGGACACGCAGCGAGCGCAAACAAAAUGCUGCGUCCACGAGACGUGAAGAGCCGCCGCUCUUGAACAGACCGCCUCAGAGCCGUCGGAGCCUCCACUGCCGUUCGAAGCGCUCGCGCGCGGGGUGCGUUUGUGCGCGUGUCGCCGCUCGGAGCAGCCCAGCGGAGCCGCCGUCGAUGCCUCUCUAGCUGUGCACGAAUCCUCGCGUUUGGCUCGCGACAAGGUCCGCGACACAACCGGGCGCCGCCGACGAACCGAGCGCGGCACUUGCCGUCGAGUGCACCCCAUCCGCGUCUCCGCACACCUCCGGGCGACCUCCUGCAGGAUGGCGCUAACGAUCUGCACCAGGUUCACGGACGAGUAUCAGCUGUUCGAGGAGCUGGGGAAGGGCGCGUUCUCUGUGGUCAGGAGAUGUGUGAAGAUCUCCUCUGGACAGGAGUAUGCUGCCAAAAUCAUCAACACCAAGAAGCUCUCUGCCAGAGAUCAUCAAAAGCUGGAGAGGGAGGCGAGGAUCUGCCGUUUACUGAAGCACCCCAACAUCGUACGGCUCCAUGACAGCAUAUCAGAAGAGGGUUUCCACUAUCUUGUGUUUGAUCUGGUGACAGGAGGGGAGCUGUUCGAGGACAUCGUAGCCAGGGAGUACUACAGCGAGGCUGAUGCCAGCCACUGCAUACAACAGAUCCUGGAGAGUGUCCAUCACUGCCACGUUAAUGGGAUCGUCCACAGGGACUUGAAGCCUGAGAACCUUCUAUUGGCCAGUAAGCUGAAGGGGGCGGCGGUCAAGUUGGCUGACUUUGGGCUGGCUAUCGAGGUACAGGGCGACCAGCAGGCGUGGUUCGGUUUUGCCGGCACCCCGGGGUACUUGUCUCCUGAGGUUCUGAGGAAAGAUCCAUAUGGAAAACCUGUGGACAUGUGGGCCUGUGGUGUGAUUUUGUACAUCCUGCUGGUGGGAUACCCUCCCUUCUGGGAUGAGGACCAACAUCGCCUCUACCAACAAAUCAAGGCCGGGGCCUAUGACUUCCCGUCCCCAGAGUGGGACACUGUAACUCCAGAGGCCAAAGAUCUGAUCAACAAGAUGCUAACGAUCAAUCCCAGCAAACGCAUCACUGCUGCAGAGGCUCUCAAACACCCCUGGAUCUGCCAACGGUCCACUGUAGCCUCCAUGAUGCACAGGCAGGAAACGGUGGAGUGCCUGAAGAAAUUCAAUGCCAGGAGGAAACUCAAGGGAGCCAUAUUGACCACUUUGCUGGUCACAAGAAACUUCUCAGCAGCCAAGAGUUUGCUCAACAAGAAGCCGGACGGUGUUAAGGUCAACAACAAAGCCAACACAGUGACCAGUCCCAAAGACACUGGCCCUGCCCCUGCACUGGAACCACAGACGACUGUGAUCCACAACCCUGUGGAUGGAAACAAGGAGUCCAUUGAGAGUGCCAACACCACCAUAGAGGAUGAAGAUGUGAAAGCCUGCACCAAUAACAAUAAAGCUCGCAAACAGGAAAUUAUCAAAGUUACAGAGCAGCUGAUUGAGUCUAUCAACAAUGGCGACUUUGAGGCCUAUGCGAAGAUUUGUGAUCCUGGUCUGACCUCCUUUGAGCCAGAGGCCUUGGGCAAUCUGGUGGAAGGACACGACUUCCAUCGAUUUUACUUUGAGAAUGCGCUGUCCAAAGGGAACAAGCCCGUGCACACCAUCCUGCUGAACCCGCACGUCCACCUCAUCGGGGAGAACGCCGCGUGCAUCGCCUACAUCCGACUCACCCAGUACAUGGACGGCGGCGGCAUGCCUCGGACCAUGCAGUCCGAGGAGACCCGCGUGUGGCACCGCCGCGAUGGCAAGUGGCAGAACAUCCACUUCCACCGCUCCGGCUCGCCCAGCAUCCCCUCCCAUUAAUGGAAUAUCAACAUGUGGUCAACAAAAGAAAACAAAUCACAUCAGCAGACCCCAGGGCGGUCAACUAGCCAACCCAUGACGUCCCCUCCAACCUUUGACCCUUUGACUACGCAUAUAUGGACAUGACAUCGCACAGGACACAAGUAUUAAUACAUUUUACUGUUACAGCAUUUUAUUAAUGGGCAUCAUUUGAAACCACUACCCGGUGGGUGCACACUGUAUUUGGACAUUAAGAAACAGGCAUAUUGACAAAAAAAAAGUUUUUGUUUGUUUUCUAAAAUGUUUUGGUAUGCAUUUUAAAUAUAAAAUAGAGCUGUUUAAAAUCUACUACUGUAACCUCUCCCAAAAUUUAGUUCUGUAUUUUUAUGUGUAUUUCUGCGUGUGCAAUACAAAGAUUCGGAAGAUCAGAAUGCUAAAAUUCAGCUUGCUUUAGUUCUGGUGAUGUAUAUACAUUGUGAUUGUUGAUAAAAAAACAAGUACAAACAUUCAAAUUGCUGUUCUUGCUGCCAGAAGAAUUAAGAGUUUACGUAAAAUCCAAGUUUAUGAGCUACAUUUUAUGUUCGCUAAAAGCUAAGUCAUACUGUUUGAAUUGUCCGAUUUCAACCUAUACUACUAAUUUAAACGUGAAGAAAAGCCGAAGCAGCUUAAACUUUGCAUCGAGAUAUGAGUUUGCCUUUAUAUCAGUGAAACGAGAAAUAAAAGAAUGUAGCAUAUAUGUAAUAUAUGACAAUUCAAAACUAUUCUGUAGUGCAUGGGGGGGGGGUAUUGUGAGUAAGAACAUAUGAAACUAUUAUAUCUUCUGUUUGAUUUGUGAAUCAUUGACUUGUAUGUUUGCAUUUGUUGAUGUUGUGCAUCAGUCCUGUCCCAAAUGUUUCUGACGUCCUCCAGUAUCAUGGAACAGCUGUAAAAACAGUAACACACCUAUGGUUGACAUCCAGCGUAAAUAUCGAAAACCUUGCAUCCAAGAGGAGCAAAAACAAUUCCCAGGUUGCAUAAGCACCCCGUACGGUACAUUUUGUAUAAAAAUGAGACGACGAGCUCAUUUUUCAUAAUCUUUGUACUCGUGUCGUAUGACUGUACGUAGGCUUUCUGCUGUCAUCUUGUUCUCGUCUCUUCCGGCGUUUUACACUGCGCUUGCACAGAGAGCGUGGGGGCGAUGACGUAGGCAGGUCUGCAGGCGUCGUAGAAGCACUGUGCUUCACGUCAUCCAGUCACAGUGGAGCAGAGAACAGCGAGGGGGGAGGUGGGUUGUGAUGAAUGCUGGGACGUCUUCCUCGGGCGAUCAGUGCUUCUAGCCAGCGGUCUCCUUGCAGCACCGCUGCAGGACGGUGCCAGUGUCUUCGUCAUCCUUACCGUUUGCUCUUUUAGACCGAUUUGUCUCGUUUUUUUUUUAAAGGGAAUAAUAUGAUAGACUUCUUUUGACAAAACGUAUGAUGUCAAUGCAAUGCACCACUCCUUAUAUGGUGUGUACCUGUUGCCGGCACGGCAAUGGAUGGCUUAAUAUGUUUAAGAAAUAAAUAAAUCAGCUAAAGUGUGUGAUUAUUAA